GGCCUCCUGUCAGAAGACACACGGGAAGGUAAAGGUGCAUCAAAGAUGAAAUUCCUUCUAACAACUGUGUGUGUUGCUUGGAUCCUCAUAUCGAGCGCCCAGUGUGCCAGUAACGCUUGGUGUUAUCAUCUGCCAGCCUGCAAUGAAGCUGUGUGGUCAGCCAUUGUUCCUCAAUACUGUGAUGGGACCAGACAGUCCCCCAUUGACAUCGUCCCAUCAGAUGCCAAACCUGAUCCUGAACUGACUCAAUUCACCUUUCACAACUUUGACAGCAAGUCUGCACUGGAAAGCAUGGAGAACACUGGCCAGACAGUCAAGGUUCGCUUUGGCAGCGGUGUGGAGAUUUCAGGAGGAGGUCUGUCCGAGCCCUAUGACAGCCUACAGUUCCACUUGCACUGGGGAAACGGCACCUCUCACCCUGGCUCUGAGCACACUGUGGACGGAAAGCGCUACCCCAUGGAGUUGCACAUUGUGAGCAGUAAGUCGUCCUACAACGGGAACAUAACUCAGACAAUUGCAGAUCCGACAGGACUUUCUGCUCUUGGUUUCUUCAUCGAGGAAAUGUCAAAUGAUGAAAUUGCAGAACCCGAGAGCUGGAAAAUGUUGACCUCUUAUCUGGGCAGUAUCUUAUACAAAGAUGACUCUGUUUUAAUGGAACCUGGGAUUUCACUGGAUGAUCUCCUGGAUGGAGUGGAUCGCACAAAAUAUUAUCGCUACCUGGGCUCCCUAACCACCCCCGAUUGCAAUGAGGCCGUGGUUUGGACUGUGUUCAAGGAGCCAAUCAAAGUCAGCAAAGAUUUGAUUGACCUCUUCAGCACAACAGUGCACAUCUCUGACAGCUCAUCACCUUUUAUGAUCAAUAACUACAGAAACAUCCAGCCAAUGCAACCAGUCAUGACAAACGUCAAUAAAAGACAGACUCCACAGCUAUUUGAAGACUCACUGGAAAGUCAAGGUACAGCAAAGAUGAGCGUCCUUGUAACAGCUCUGUUUGCUGCAUGCGCCCUGAUAUCAAGUGUCAGUUGUGCCGCCAGUUCAGUUGAGUGGUGUUAUCAUCUGCCGUCCUGCAAUGAUAGCAAGUGGCCGGUCAUUGUAAGUAAAUAUUGCAAUGGAACCAGACAGUCACCCGUCGAUAUCGUCUCAACAGCUGCCAAAGGAGAUGCUAAACUCACUGAAUUCACCUUCCAUAACUUUGACAGCAAGUCUGCUUUCAAAAACAUUGAGAACACCGGGAAGACAGUCAAGGUUCAUUUCGAGGGUGGCAUGACGAUUUCUGGAGGAGGUCUGUCCGAGCCCUAUGACAGCCUGCAGUUCCACUUGCACUGGGGAAACGGCUCCUCCAUUCCUGGCUCUGAGCACACUGUGGAUGGAAAGCGCUACCCCAUGGAAAUGCACAUUGUGAACAUCAAGUCAGUCCAUAAUGGAAACGUGACUGCGGCGGUUACAGACUCUACUGGACUUGCUGCUCUUGGUUUCUUCAUUGAGGUAAUGCCAGGUGAUGCGACUGGCCAACCAGCUAGCUGGAAGACCUUGACGUCUUACCUGGCCAAUAUCACACAGAAAGGUAACUCGGUGGCAAUGGCAGCUGGGAUUUCACUGGAUGAUCUCCUGGAAGGAGUGAAUCGCACAAAGUAUUAUCGCUACCUGGGCUCCUUAACCACCCCUAAUUGCAAUGAGGCCGUGGUUUGGACUGUGUUCAAGGAGCCAAUCAAAGUCAGCAAAGAUUUGAUUGACCUCUUCAGCACAACGGUGCAUAUCGGCAACAGCUCAUCGCCUUUAAUGGUGAAAGUCUUCAGAAACAUCCAGGCGGCACAAGCAGUCACAACCCAGGCUACGGACUCUUCUUCUACAACCUACUUAUCUAUGGGACUGUUGGCUCUGAGCCUCAUACUGGGGAGAUGUUACUAACUACCUGUCUCCCACAUAUGAUUUUUGUCUGAACUUAGCCUAGUCACUGAACUAUGACUUAAUGAUUAGUAUAGUGCCCUAAAUGUAUGCUCCAAUAUGCACAUGUCAUCAGUCUUUUUACAACCACGGAUAUAUGAGUGUUAAAACCACAGGAACUUCGCGUUGAACAAAACCGUUUCCAUCACGGCCUUUAUGAUGUGAUUGUUUAUUGUCAGGUAGUUUGAGGAUCCUGCAUGAACCGAAAGACUAAUAUAAAUAAAAUAAACUACUGCUACUACUGAUUCAACUAGGAACCAUGUAAGUUUGCAUUUCCACAUUGUGUAUACAAUUCACUAUGUGCUGACAAUCAUCUCACUCUCUUUUUACUUUAUACCAUGUAUUUCUUACGUACAGUUCCUUUAAGUGCAUCAUCAUAUAUUUCAUGGUAAUGCUAUGCUGAAAUAUUUAUAUAUUUGUAAAGAUUGUUUUUAAAGGUUGAGAAGGAAAAAAAAACAAUGUAUUUGUGCAUAGUCUGUGUUUAUUUUGACCAGAUGAGGUUAUAUUCGGGUGGCUGAGUAAGGGAUGAACACAGUUUACUGAGUUGCUGCUAAAAUUAAUUCAAUUAAUCAGAGUUUGUUCAAACAUCUGAGAUUCGAAUAUCAAGAGUUGACAAUUUGUUUACCAAUAGUUGUUGCAUAAUAUGAUACUUUUGACAUCUUUCUUUUUAAAUGGACUCAUUGUGUAACCAGAUUUGCAUUAUGUUGCCCUCAUUGAUGUAGACACUGUGAGCAGAUGAAAUGUGGUCACAAUAAUAAGCACUUGUUAUGAAAA